AAAUAAACAACAGCAGAAUAAAAGAGGUGACAGCAGUCCUGCGAAAGGGGGCCGUGUUCUGCCGUCAAUUCGGCGGCCGCAGCACCCUCGAGGACGGUCAAGGGGCUUCGCGAGACUGCACUCGCAAGGUCUUUUGGCGGCGCACCACCGACUCCCUCCUCAGCAGUCAGAAAAAAAUACAAUAGCAGCGACCGGGCAUCCACCGCCUCCUUUACAUACUCCCACUCUAUCGUUCUCCCAUCCACAUUGUCUUUUAUCUGCUGCUGACGUGCUGACGGCACUGUGCCUCCGUGGUCGUGGUUCGUGGUAGUUCGUCUUCGGGCGUCGGCAGUGAGAAUUUGACGUACCGUGCAACUCGGAAUUAGAAGGAGAGCAAAAAUUGCCGAGCUUGUAAAAUUGACCCUUACACACGAGGGCUGAAAGUGGGUCACAAGAGGUCACUGACCGCGACCCUACCGGAGAGUCAAAAGACGAGCCCCAGGAGACGGACUUGAGAUUGAAUACGAUAUCAUGCCGCAAGAUAACGAGCCGAAAAAGCAACGCACGGGAAUGCAUCAACCUUCAGGUCUGAUCUCUCUCGGCGGGGGUUGUUUCUCUCAACCCUCAGCCUGGGCGUUGCAAGUGGCAACAAAUGUGACCGAGCAGAAGCACCAUGUGUCCAGAGACAAGCGAGGUCAAGUGUUAGGACACUUACGCGGCUUCCGAGGAUGCACCGUCUGGUUCACAGGCUUGUCUGGCGCGGGAAAGACGUCGAUUAGCUUUGAGCUGGAGUCGUACUUGGUUGCUAGGGGAGUGCCUGCUUACGGACUGGACGGGGACAACAUCCGCACAGGACUCAACAAAAAUCUUGGUUUUUCCAAGGAGGACCGAGAGGAGAACAUCAGACGCGUGGCUGAGGUGGCCAAGUUGUUUGCGGACAGCGGAGUCGUUGCCCUUUGCAGCUUCGUUUCACCCUUCUCCAAGGACCGUGAAAUGGCUCGUAAAGUGCACCGUGACAGUGACCUGCCCUUCUUUGAGGUGUUCGUCGACACCCCAUUGAACAUAUGCGAGACGAGAGAUGUCAAAGGCUUGUACAAGAAGGCGCGCAAAGGCGACAUAAAAGGCUUCACUGGACUGGACCAAGCAUAUGAAAAACCUGAGUGCCCUGAUCUUGUUGUCAAGACGGUCGACUGCAGCGUUGAUGAGAGCAUGAUGCAGGUCGUUGACCUUCUUGUCGAGCAUGGCAUUAUCCCACGUUCGUUGAUUGGAGCCGAUUCGCGAGUGCCAGAGCUUUUUGUUGAUGAGAACCGGGUGGCUUCAUCAAAGCAAGAGGCCCUCGAGCUACCCGCACUUUCCAUUGGUGACGUCGAUCUGCAAUGGGUUCAGGUGCUAGCCGAAGGUUGGGCUGCACCGCUCAAAGGCUUCAUGACGGAAGACCAGUUUUUGCAAUGCCAGCACUUCGGCUGUCUCCUUGACGGCACCAAAGUGGUGACCAACCAUACAGUACCCAUCGUGUUGGCAGCUUCAACCGAGGACAAGACGCGUCUCGAGGGGUGCUCGGCAAUCUCCCUCCACUACCAGUCUCAGCCGGUGGCUAUUCUGCGAAAACCGCAAUUCUACACCCAUCGUAAGGAAGAACGAUGCUGUAGACAAUUUGGCACCAACAACCUCGGACACCCCUACGUCAAGAUGAUCCACGAGAGUGGUGACUGGUUGGUGGGCGGAGAAAUUGAGGUGCUGGACCGUAUUAGGUGGAAUGACGGACUGGAUGAUUACCGUCUGACGCCCAAUGAGAUCCGUGAGAAAUGCAAAGCGAUGGGUGCUGAUGCAGUUUUUGCUUUCCAGCUGCGCAACCCAAUUCACAAUGGACACGCUCUGCUGAUGCAGGACACAAGGCGACGAUUGCUCGAGGAACGAGGCUUCCGACGCCCAGUGUUGCUUUUGCAUCCUCUUGGAGGCUGGACUAAGGAAGAUGACGUUCCACUCGCCGUUCGAAUGCAACAACAUCAAGCUGUACUUGAGGAUGGCGUGCUCGACCCUAGUUCGACGCUCUUGGCCAUCUUCCCCUCGCCUAUGAUGUACGCAGGACCCACUGAAGUCCAAUGGCAUGCAAAAUCACGAAUGAAUGCCGGUGCUAAUUUCUACAUUGUUGGCCGUGACCCUGCUGGUAUGCCUCACCCCGACCCGCCGUCUCGAGACCUCUACGAUGCAACUCACGGAAGCCGCGUUUUGUCCAUGGCCCCUGGACUGCCUGGUCUGGAGAUUCUGCCCUUCCGAGUUGCUGCUUACAACACCACCAAGCGAGCCAUGGACUUCUUUGACCCAAGUCGCAAGGCCGACUUUGAGUUCAUCUCGGGGACCAAAAUGAGAGGGUUGGCAAGGAGUGGACAGAAUCCACCAGACGGCUUUAUGGCGCCGCGCGCCUGGGCCGUCCUGGCCAACUACUACCAGUCACUGCGCAAAUGAUUUUAAUGAUUCCUCGCUGACUUAUGCACGGACUUAAGUAUGGCAACUUGAAAUUGAAAAGGACGAGAAAAAUACUUCCAGAGGCAGCUAGCUGUUUCAAAAAUGUAUUAUUUUUUGUUUUAAAUCUAUCACUGUGUCACAACUAUGUCAUUCUUGUUAUUUAUGAAUGCAUUUUAUCGUUUUUUCUGUUUGAAAUAUAUAUGUUUUAUUGAAA